UCCAAUAAACAUUCUUUCUGCGAAUGAAAAACCUUUCGCAAUGUUUUCCAGAUCUGUCAACUUUUUCGUACUGGGUGUUUUCCUGCUCUGCGAAUCAGAUGCGUGGUGGUUAGUGGGGAAAAAUGGUAACAGCGGGAACUGUCCUGCAAGAGGUGGAGCAAGUCCGUAUUAUUUUGGUACCACAAAUCUUUGGUGCAUGAACAAGGGCAGACGUGGCAUUCCAACAAGGGGAGUGUGGGAAUUGACUCAUCGGUUUAUUUACUAUAAAGGGUUGUAUUUCGAAUUUUCAAGUGACUCCAAAGCCCAUGUUUCACCAAACCGUCUUCUUGGGUACAAAUGUUCGGGCGGAAGGGAGAGUUCGCCUGCUGGUUACAGUGAGGUAGAUGUCGAGUGUCUGAAGGGUUGCGCACGCAACUACCGGUGCACGUUCGGUAGCUACAAUUUAUUGAGCAACAACUGCCACAAGUUUGCAAACCGCCUCUCUGAGGUCAUGUGUAAGAGAGGGAGUGGCUGUCCUCGCUGGUGCUUGGGUAGUUGUAAUGAUGCAUAUAUCAGCGGAUAAAUUAUAAAUUUAUCUCAAUA